GCAACCAAUAUAUAUACAUCCGCUAGACCUUCUCUCUCUCUCUGACAUUCAUCCGAUCCCUCGCCUCGCUUGCUCAUCGUUUGCCGUUUCAGAAUCGAGGGGAAUGAACCAAAUCGAGAACAUGGCGACGCAGAAAGCUAUUGUGCUAUGGAACAUCAGCAGCUGCCCGAUUCCAGAUGGUCAUGAUCCUCUUAUGGUGGUUCAGAGAAUACAAGCGGCGGUGGAGAAGUCCGGCUACGUCCGCCGCAACGGUGAGAUCUCAAUCACUGCCAUUGGCGACAAACUAACAGAGGACCCUGGCGAAGACGUCAUGAGGAGGCUCUCUUCCAUCGGAAUCGCUCUUAAAAACGGGGACGAAUAUCAAAUGGAUUUGUAUAAUUGGGCCGACGAGAACGCUCCUCCGGGUACUAUGAUGCUCAUAGACGGUCAUGAGCAACUGGGAUGGUUAGCAGAAACACUUUCCGAGUUUGAAGAUAAGGAAUUCAGAAUUCUUCUUGCAUAUCCUCACCGUGACCCAGCAGCCACACCCUUUCCGUGUAAACAGUGGGAUUGGGCUGCCUUGUUCUCAGAUGAACAGGAGACGACAACAACAAGCCUUGUUGUUAAUUCCAGUGUUAAAUCUCCCUGGUUCUGUGAAGUAUGCUUUGUUGCUGCCCCAAGCCUUGAAGAUUUCACCACCCAUCUCAAGUCUGUAAAACAUGCAUAUGGUGAGUGGGACAGGCACGCUAGUAAAAACAAUGUGGAUCGUACUGACCCUGCUAACCUGCCGUUUGGUCUAUCAAAUGAGUUGGACUUGCUGCUUAAUCAAGACAUGGUUAGACGUCAGAUGUUAACGUCAGGGCGCAGGCGCGGGCCGCUCGGCCCUCUUAGGCCUCGACUCACAUUCAACCUAACCCAUUCCAAGUAUUGAAGGAACAUUUGAAGAAGAAGCUGGAGUGUGAAGGAGAAGAAGCGAGGACGUUGUUUCGAUUUUCAUAUGCUUUUAUGUAAUAAAUAAAAAUACUUACUACUGUGUUAUCUAUUGUUAAACAUCGCAAUUCAGUUUUUUAUAUUUGUCAUUUCCAAA